CGGCGCACCUACUACACCUGACUAUAUGCCGUGGUUCCUCUCCAUCACGCGCCGAUGGAUGACACCACGUGCCAUCUUGGAAGCAGCACAUUACGCACCUGCUGCGCCUACGAUGACCCAAUUUGCACAAGGUGCGGCAAACGUGAUGCGGUACAGCCAGGAGGAGCCGGUGAGGGAGAUUGCGCAUGGCAUGCUCGUCGGCUCGCAGUUCCAGCACUUCAUACCGGAAGUCGCUGCACAACACUCACCGACUAUCUCCCAUACGCACAUGGCAUGCUCUCCUUCUUAUGACUACCAUUUGGAGGAGAUGGAUCAUUCAUAUUCCGUUGACGCUGCGGGGACCUCGAGGCGAAGGAGACCAACUCAGUUGGAUAAGGUAGAUGAGGGUUCGUGA